AUGAGAGGCCUUCUCGCUCUAUCGCUAGCAGCCUGUGCUGCGGCGGCCCCAGCAGUCAACCAUGAGUCGAUUCAUGGCGAUGCUGCCCCCAUUCUUUCGUCCUCCAACGCCGAGGUCGUUCCCAACUCCUACAUCAUCAAGUUCAAGAAGCACGUCACCGAUGACAAGGUGUCGGACCACCACACAUGGAUCCAGAAGAUCCACUCCUCCCGUAUGGAUCUGAAGAAGCGUAGCCAGAUCCCCAUGGUCGACGAUGUCUUUCGCGGCCUCAAGCACACAUACAAGAUUGGCCAGGACUUUAUGGGCUACUCUGGUCACUUUGACGAGGACACCAUUGAGGCUGUUCGCAUGCACCCUGAUGUCGAGUACAUCGAGCGUGAUAGCGUUGUCCACACCAUGAGCAUCUCGGAAGAUGUUGAUGCCGAGGGCAAGUGCGACAGCGAUAUCGAGAAGUCCGCUCCUUGGGGCUUGGCUCGUAUCUCCCACCGUGAUACUUUGAGCUUCGCUACCUUCAACAAGUACCUCUAUGCCGCUGAGGGUGGCGAGGGUGUCGAUGCCUAUGUUAUCGACACCGGUACCAACACCGAGCACGUGGACUUCGAGGGCCGUGCCAAGUGGGGCAAGACCAUCCCCAACGGCGAUGCUGAUGUCGAUGGGAACGGUCACGGCACCCACUGCUCCGGCACCAUCGCUGGCAAGAAGUACGGUGUUGCCAAGAAGGCCAACGUCUACGCCGUCAAGGUCCUCCGCUCUAACGGCUCUGGCACCAUGGCUGAUGUCGUUGCCGGUGUUGAGUGGGCUGCCAAGUCCCAUAUCGAGAACGUCAAGGCUGCCAAGGAUGGCAAGCGCAAGGGCUUCAAGGGCUCCGUCGCCAACAUGUCCCUUGGUGGUGGCAAGACCCAGGCUCUUGAUGACACUGUCAACGCCGCUGUCUCCGUCGGCAUUCACUUUGCCGUCGCUGCUGGCAACGAUAACGCCGAUGCUUGCAACUACUCUCCUGCUGCUGCUGCCAAGGCCGUCACCGUCGGUGCCAGCGCUAUUGAUGACAGCCGUGCCUACUUCUCCAACUAUGGCAAGUGCACCGACAUCUUCGCUCCCGGUCUCAGCAUUCUCUCCACCUGGAUCGGCAGCAAGUAUGCCACCAACACCAUCUCUGGCACUUCCAUGGCCUCUCCCCACAUUUGCGGCCUUCUCGCCUACUACCUUUCUCUUCAGCCUUCCAGCGAUUCUGAGUACUCUCUCGCUGAGAUCUCUCCCGAGAAGAUGAAGGCCAACCUCCUCAAGAUCGCCACCGUCGGUGCCCUCAGUGACAUGCCCCGUGACACCCCCAACCUCCUCGCCUGGAACGGUGGUGGCUGCAGCAACUACUCUGCCAUCGUCGAGGCUGACAAGAUCUCUUCCGUCUCUGAGCUUGAGAAGGCUAUUGAGCACGACUACGAGGUCAUCUCCGGCAAGGUCGUCAAGGGUGUCUCUUCCCUCUCCGACAAGGCUGAGAAGCUCUCGGAGAAGAUCCACAACAUGGUUGAUGAGGAGCUCAAGGAGUUCCUCGAGGAGAUCGCUCGUUAA